AUGACCAACACAAACAAACAUACAUUCUUAACCUCGGCCGCAGAGGAUCCUCCGAUACCAGAACACAUGGCAGGCAAGACAAACCACACACUCUCCGAUCGAGAACCCCUCGAAGAAACUGGAGAUGAAGGGCAAGGACUCGAAGUAUUGGCUCUGGAGAAAAGAGUCCGAUGGAAAGUAGACGUGCGUCUAUGUAGCAUCGCAGGCCUGCUGUGCAGCCUUAAUCUCCUAGACUCCGGCAUCCUAUCCUCGGCAGCAGUAACAAGCAUGUUGAGCGACCUCCAACUAGACCAGGGGUCCCGGUACUCGGUGUCGAUCUUCAUCUUCACCAUCGCCAGCGUCGUCUUCCAGCUACCAUGCACGAUAGCCGUGCGCUUCGUCGGCCCUCGAGUCUGGUUCGCGACAAUCACAUUUGUUUUCGGACUACUGACGAUGUGUACCGCUUUCAUUCACACCUGGCGUGAGAUGAUCGCUCUACGUAUCCUGCUGGGUAUCGCUAUGUCCGGUAUCUACCCCGGACUGACAUAUCUCAUUAGCGCCUGGUACCCGCGACGCGAGCAGCAGCUCCGAUUUGCCUUCUUGCAAUCUGGGGAAGUUCUGGGGCUGGCGACGGGAAAUAUUGUUAAUUUUGGUCUCAACCAUUUGGAUGGGAGGGCUGAUUUGGCUGGUUGGCGUUGGAUGUACCUUGUUCAGGGAUUGAUUGCCUGUGCACUGGGUAUAAGCACUUACUGGUGGAUGGUGGAUUUCCCAGAGAACUCGGCUCGGAGCUUUUGCUUUUUGUCCGAGGUUGAAGCCAGGGUUGCGUCGCAGAGAAUUCAAAAUGAUCGGGCAGAUUUGGUUCCUGAGCGGUUCUCGUGGGGUACGCUACUUGGCAGUUUCAGGGAUCCUAAGAUCUAUGGGUUUGCUUGCAUGUUCUUUCUGCUGAAUUUGGUAUCGACUUCCUUGUCGUACUUUCUCCCCAUUAUUUUGGAAUCGGGUAUGGGCUUUAACUCGAAUGAAUCGAUUUUACUUUCGACUCCGCCGUACUAUUAUGCCGUUAUACCGGUUCUUCUUACGUCUUUAGCCGGAGACUUCUAUCGGAAGCGCGGGCCCUUCAUCGUGUUCAAUGCCCUUUGCUUGAUAGCCGGUUUUCUGAUGUUUGGGCUCCCAGCGUCGAAGCAGGUGACCGUGCGCUACAUUGGGACCUUCCUAGCUACUGGGGCUUAUGUCUCAAAUUGGGCUGCGCUCAAUGCCUUCCAAGCUAAUAAUGUUGCUGGUCAGUGGAAACGUGCGGCUACGUCAGCGGCUGUCACUGCUUUCAAUGGCUUGGGUGGUGUGGCAGGUAGCUAUAUUGUGCGAUCGCAAGAGGCUCCCAAGUACCAGACAGCGGUUUGGGUAUCUAUCGGGUCCCAUAUUCUCAUGAUUCUUCUGGUCGCUGCUUUUACGAUCUACUUCUACAUUAUGAAUCGGCAGCAGGCUAGGGGUUUGAAGACCAUCGAGGGAGUGCCAGGUUUCAGAUACACUUACUAA